UACAUUUCAAAAAUCCACCGACAUGAAAGAAGGAGUGUGCUUUCUGCUGUAAAGUUACAACGCGCUUGAAAUUUAAGUCUUAAAAACUAUCCGAUAUGUUAUUUUAAAAAAAAUGUUUCUACUAUUUCGCUUGCUGGCGAGACUAGGUGAAUUAUAAAUAAGAAAAUUGACGGAUCGUUUUUGUUUUAUUGGCCGGAAUGAAUGGGACAUUCAUUCGUGAAGGCGACAGUUGUAAGUCGUAGACCAGGUAAGCGUGAGUCAGGUUGUUGCGGGUCACGCCACAACUCGGGCCAAUGGAAAUGUAGAACGGCCGCCUCGCCGACCGGCCCCCCGCUAUUCCCGGCCACGGGUGCCACAAAACCGCCUCACUCUUUUCCAGUUGUGUUCCAGUUGUGUUGCGGACUCGCAGUUGCUGCGAACCACUUCCAACCUUCUCUUAUCACGUGGGACUCGAUCUACAUCUCAGGCAUGCUCACCUGGUAAAUCCGUUCCGAGCAUCAUUCCGUUAAGCAAGAUGUUCCUGUUAUUAAUAUUGUGCUGGUUUGGAAUGGCCAUCGGCGGGUACAUCCCUCCCGGCCCGAAGUUCCCUUGUCCACAGAAGCCCAAUUUUCUGUAUCCUUGUAAAUGUACAAAAGGAACCGAUACAGGCCUGACAGUUUUCUGUGAUAAAAGCAACCUGGCGUCACUUUCCAUAGCAUUUUCGAACAUCGUUUCGAUCCAAGCGCCGGUAGACGUUCUAACUAUUUCCAACGGGAAAUUCACACGUCUUUUUGGUGGACUUUUGUACGCUUUGGAAGUGAAAAAGCUUAUCAUCACAGACACUCCAUUGAAGUCUAUCGAAGCUCAUUCUUUUCUUGGUGUCAAUAAAACUUUGGAGGAAUUGCAUUUGAUAAGGACCGAGCUUUCGUCGUUUCCUUCUGAUGCUUUCCAGAAUAUUGGAAAAAUUAACACUCUAAAUAUAGACGGGCAUCAAUUGUCCACACUACCAGUCGGUAGCAUGGCUGGAUUACUGCCUACUAAUCUUGAAAAAUUUGCUUUGAGUAACGGCAAUUUGUCCGACCUCCCGGUUGAAACGUUAAUCCCGUGCAAAAGGUUGAAAAAGCUCGAUUUGCACGGCAAUCAGUUGAAAGCGCUCAAAAAGAACCAGUUCAAAAGUCUAAGGGCUGUCGAGAUUUUGGAUUUGUCUCACAACGCUUUAACUAAAAUAGACAGCUCACACGUGUCGGAUUUAAGUAAACUUAGUAUACUCAAUCUCUCUAGCAAUGCUCUCACCGAACUUAAAAGGGGGACAUUCGCUCGAAAUUCUGUGCUCAAGUCUUUGAUUCUCAACCACAACAGAAUAAAAAAAAUAGACUCUAACACAUUCAGAGGGAUGCGCUUUAUGAGGAGACUUGAAAUGUCUGACAAUGAAAUAUCCGAUAUAGGCCGAGACACGUUUGGAAUGAUUAGUCGAGUCGGAGUCAUUAAAUUAGCAAGAAAUCAGAUUAAAAAGAUCGAUUAUCAAAUGUUCAGCAAACUUCAGUACGCUGAGCUUAUUGACGUAUCAGAAAAUGCUGUGACUGAAAUACAAAAAUUGGCGUUUAAAGAUUUGUAUCUAGUUCACAUCAAUCUGUCCCACAAUGCUAUUUCAAAAAUCGAACCGGGUGCAUUUGAAAAUUGUGCAAAUAUCACAACAUUGGAUUUAUCGUACAAUAAAAUAGAAUACUUCCCUCCUAAGGCUUUUGAUGAGAUCAGUUACGCAGCCGAAUUUCAACUGGCUUACAACAACAUUACAGACCUAUCAAAAGUGCCAUUAGCAAAUAUGACAGAUCUGAAGAUUUUGAACGUGACUCACAAUCAGCUCACGACGAUACCGAAAAACACAUUCCCAAAACAUUAUCAGUUACAUACCGUCGAUUUGAGUCAUAAUAAUAUUUCUAAAAUUUACAACGGUGUCUUUCAGACUCUUUUUGGGAUCAGAAGUCUCAAUUUAGGUUUUAACGCAAUCUCUGAGAUUAAGCUGGGCACAUUUGGUGCGAUACCGACUCUUCUUGAGAUGGACCUCAGCUACAACUUACUCACGGAUAUUUCCAGGGGGGCUUUUGCAAAACUGGUGUCUUUGCAGACAAUAGACCUGUCUUUUAAUUUUCUCAAAGGGGUGUUCAACAUCCCUGUAGCAUUGACGAGGCUUAAAAUGAAUAACAACGAAAUUGAAAAAAUCCCCCCGUCCAGUUGGCCGACAGCCAAUGCGUUGCAGUAUUUGGAUCUGAGUGACAAUUACAUUGAAGACUCUCUUCAAAGCGGAUCGUUUUCUGGCCUGCUAACACUGCAGACGUUAAAUCUGAGCAGAAAUUAUAUUACAGCAGCUCCAUGGAUCGCCCUCUCGGAUCUUGCAACAUUGCAAUAUUUAAAUAUGCAGGGCAAUAAUUUGACUUCAUUGGGAAGAGACGCAUUUGGAAAAUUGCCACUGGUUUUUGAAUUAAAUGUUGCAGAAAAUCAAAUAACAGAAGUGUCACCGAAGGCCUUCGAAGGUCUUCUUCAGCUGUUGAAGUUAAACAUGUCCCACAAUUUAUUAAAAAAUAUAACUAAUGGAGCCUUUAAAGGUUUGGUUGCAUUGAGAGAGUUGGAUGUAUCUUACAAUGAAUUGGAAAGUUUAGACAAUAAAACCCAUGGUCUUUUAGAUGACUGCUAUUCUCUUGAAAGGGUUGAUUUGAGCCAUAAUAAAAUAUCCUUCGUUACAAGGAAAACAUUCCCAAGCGAUCCGUACCAACCGUACAAACUAAGAGAUAUCGAUUUAAGCUAUAAUCACAUGCCUGCCGUGACGUACGAUCUGACUUAUGGAACAAAAAAGGUCACUUAUUUAAACUUAAGUCACAACAUGAUAAAUGAAAUUCGAAAGAACAUAAUCGGCAACUUGACCUCACUGGAAAUCCUUGAUUUGUCUUACAAUGAAUUGAAGGAAGUGUCUGAGGCGAAUGUUUUCGUUUUGCCUUCAAGUUUGAAAACGUUGUACAUUCAAAACAAUCAACUUGACACGAUACCGAUACAACAAGUAGUGAAAUUGAGACAUCUCGAUAUAAGAAACAAUCAGUUAGAUUAUUACAUUGAAUUACAAAAAAUGGUUAAAAAUGGAAGCAGAAUCUUAUAUUCAGGCAAUAGCGUACAUUGUGACUGUAGAUUGAGACCGUUGAAAAGGUUGCUCAUGGAAGACAAUCCUUACAUCGACGACUGGAAAGAAGUGAAAUGCGAUUUGCCACAAUCAACUUUCGGAAAGUCUAUAAUGGAGGUGAGUGAAGAAGAGCUGUCAUGCAACGGGGAGCACGAAUAUUUAGGAGAAGAGUUUGACGUCACGCCGGAUGUUAUGUUUAGAGAAAUUUCAAGAAAUCCUAAUGGAAAAAUAUUGUUAACAUGGUAUGUGACAGCAAAGGAAGACAUUGCUAAUUUCGCUCUUCUGGUUAAGGGUCAUGAAGGUCAAGAUGAAAAACCAAUGUUAAAAAAAUCCUUGGCUUACAAUACUAGAAGUGCAAUCUUGACCAAUUUUCCCACAUCCCAGGGUCCUCUGGAGCUGUGUAUUUUAGCACUCAACAGCGAAGGAGAUGAAAGGGAACUUCACAAUCUCCAGUGUAAAAGUUUGUCUGCUCAAAGCGUCGCAUCAUGUAUCCUCCCUCCAAUUAUAAUUAUUUUUAUAUCAACUUUUAUUGCUCUGUAUAACUGACCGGUUAUUUUGAUCAAUCGCCAUGAAUGGAAAGAAAGGUUAUUUUUUAACAACAUUUUCACCUAUGAUUGUAAUCAAAAGUGCAAGUCUACUUAAAAUGUUCCUUAUAGAAAAAAUUGGUUAAAAAAAGUUACCUAAGAGCAUGGUACUUCUUAUGAAAUUUGUAAGCUAUAUUACCUUGUAAGAGGUGAGCUGUGAUAUUAACUGCGGUCUAGCGCAGUUGUAUGUAAAUAAUUUAAAAUUUUUUUAAUGAUUAGGAAUUUGUCUGUAAUGAUUGAUUUCAUAAGAGUAAUUUUACUCAAUGGAGAAUUACUGUAGAUGUACUCGCAAUUUAAAUUAUUAUUUUUUUUACUGUACAUAUUAUUUAUAUAGCAAUCAUUUUUACUUAAGGCAUUGUACAAAUUUACCUUAUUUAUAUUAAUAAUUUUAUUGUUUUUAUGAAAAAAUGAGAAAAAGGCUGUGUCAGUUAAUUCCAACUUCACUUGUCACUUGUUCUGUACUUAUAAAAGUUAUUUAAAAUUAUUAAUACUGUUUUAAUUUAAUUAUCUUGAUAUCAUUUCUUUUUAAUAAAAUUUUUGUUAUUACAAGAAAAAAAUAUUUUUUAAAUAAAUUAAGAACAAUAGACAAAUAA